AUGGACAAUGAAUUGUAUGAAGAAGAAGGAGUGCCAUCUGGUCUCAUAACUGGCAUACAUCUAAAUGUUUCAACUCAGGAAGAUAUAGAGAAUAUAUCUGUUAAACAAAUUGAUGCAGUCACUGAGGUCACUGAUCCUAAGUUGGGACUUCCGAAUCCAUCUUUUCAGUGCUCUACUUGUGGUGCUGAAAAAUUAAAAUGCUGUGAAGGUCAUUUUGGGGAUAUCAAGUUUCCAUGCACGAUUCUCCAUCCCUAUUAUCUUUCGGAAGUUGCCCAAAUUUUAAACAAGAUUUGCCCAGGAUGUAAAUCUAUCAGGCAAAAUCUAAGGGCCAAGGGUGCUGGUUCUGUAAUUGGUCAUAGGAAGCUCAAGGGUUGCAAAUAUUGUAUUGGAAGUUCGAUAAAUUUUCCAAGAAUGAAAUUCAAAGUUUCUACGAGAGAGCUCUUUAAAAGAAGUGCAAUAAUUGCGGAAGCAAAUGGAAUAUUACCUGCUGACUAUUGGGACUUUAUUCCAAAAGAUGCACAGCAAGAUGAAAGUUGCAUGAAACCAAACAAAAGAGUUCUAUCUCACGCUCAGGUUCAUUAUUUGUUGAAGGAUGUUGAUCCAAAAUUCAUUGAAAAGAUUGUACCAAAGACAAACUCACUUUUUAUGGGUUCUUUCCUUGUAACUCCAAAUUGUCAUCGUGUGACAGAAGUUAUGCAUUCUUUUUCUAAUGGGCAGCGGUUGAUGUUUGAUGAACGGACCAGGGCUUAUAGAAAGCUUGUUGAUUUCAAAGGUGUAGCUAAUGAGUUGGGUUCUCGUGUUUUGGACUGCCUGAAAAUUUCCAAGCUAAACUCAGAAAAACCAAGCAAAGAUUUUAUUUCUGCUCAGCAAAAAAAUAUUAAAGACGAUCCUUCAAAAACAUCUGGCUUGAGAUGGAUCAAAGAUGUUGUUCUAGGGAAGCGAAGUGACCACUGUUUCCGCACAGUUGUUGUUGGUGAUCCAAACAUCAAGCUCAGUGAAAUUGGCAUACCAUGUCAAAUUGCAGAGAGGUUGCAGAUUUCUGAGAAUCUGAACAGAUGGAACAUCGAAAAGUUGGAUGCCUCCUGCAAUCUACGCCUUAUGGUGAAAGGUGAGAUGCAUGUGCGUAGAAAAGGUAGUCUGGUUUGGGUACGCCGAACAGAUGAAUUGCAGAUGGGAGAUACUAUUUACCGGCCUUUGAGUGAUGGAGAUAUUGUGCUGAUAAAUAGGCCUCCAUCAAUACAUCAACACUCCCUGAUAGCUUUAUCCGUCAAGAUCCUUCCAAUAACCUCUGUUGUAUCAAUAAACCCACUUUGUUGCUCUCCUUUUCGUGGUGACUUUGAUGGUGAUUGCCUUCAUGGUUAUAUUCCUCAAUCAAAUGAUGCCAGAGUUGAGCUUCGAGAGCUUGUUGCUUUAGAUAAGCAAUUGAUUAAUGGGCAGAGUGGUAGGAACCUGCUCUCACUUAGUCAGGAUAGCUUAACUGCAGCCCAUUUGAUCAUGGAGGAUGGCACUCUCUUGAAUCUACUUGAAAUGCAACAGUUGGAAAUGUUCUGCUGGGAUGUACUGCCAUCACCAGCAGUUAUUAAAGCACCCUCACUUAAUAGCCAUGCUUGGACUGGAAAGCAAGUAUUCAGCAUGCUCCUACCUUCAGAUUUUGAUUACGAUUUUGCUUCAGAUGGUGUUUAUAUUAAAAAUGGGGAGCUGUUAUCUUCUGAAGGUUCUUCUUGGUUGCGAGACACAGGUGGCAAUCUUUUUCAGAGCCUUGUUAAUCAUUUCCAGGGUCAGGUACUUGAUUUCUUGUUUGCUGCUCAGGAAGUUCUUUGUGAGUGGUUGUCAAUGAGGGGCUUGAGUGUCUCUCUCGCGGACCUGUACCUCGCUUCUGACUCAGGUUCAAGGAAUAAUUUGAUGGAGGAAAUUUCAUGUGGGUUGCAAGAAGCGGAACAGGCUUGUAUAUUUAAACAGUUGUUGGUGGAUAAUUGUCAGGAAUUUCUCAUGGGAUGUGCAGAAGAGAAUCGAAGUCCUCUGACUUUUGAUGCAGAAUACUUUUGUCAUGAGAAGCAGAAAUCUGCUGCCCUUAGUCAGGUUGUUCAUGAUGCUUUCAAGCACAUUUUCCGGGAUAUUCAAAGUUUAGCACACAAAUAUGCUGGUAAGGACAACUCUUUGCUGACUAUGCUGAAGGCUGGAAGCAAGGGUAAUUUGCAGAAAUUAGUUCAGCACAGUAUGUGCCUUGGUUUGCAACACUCACUGAUUCCAUUAUCAUUCAGAAUUCCCAACCAGCUCUCAUGUGCUGCAUGGAAUAAUCAAAAGGCAUGCAGUUUAAUUCAGAAGGUUGAGGGAACUUAUGAAUGUGUUGAGUCCUACAUCCCAUCUGCCGUGGUUAAAAGCUCUUUCUUGACAGGCUUAAUCCAUUAG